UUGAAACCAGAGUUAUGGCAGAGAUAUCCUUUGGUAGAAGAACUUAUUUUACAAUUUUUGGCUCCUGGUUUAUGGGAAAAACAUAAAAGUGAUAUAGCUAGAAAGAUGGAUACUUUUGUAAAUCCGUUAAGAAGUUCAGUAAAAACUAUGAGCACAGCUGUUAAAAGUGUUCCAGAUGGUAUAACUGAUGGAUUUGGAAAAAUGUCUAGAGUGAGUAAUAAAGAUUUGCCUAUUAGUCCUUAUAUAGAUAGAGGGAAAGUUGGUAAAGAUCUCAAUCCUGAUGAUGAAGAAAAUAUUCCAGUACGAAUUAUGUUAUUGUUGAUGGAUGAGGUAUUUGAUCUACGUCAUAAAAACCAAUCUCUACGAAGAAUGAUAGUUGCUAUAUUACGUCAACUUAUCAGUGCUACAUAUGGUGAUACUAUAAACAGGAAAAUUGUUGACCAUGUUGAUUUAAUGACGUCUGCAGCUCAGAUGUCAGAAUAUAUUAAAGCUUUCAGAGAUUCUUUUUGGCCUAAUGGUAUUUUAGCUGAGCCCAGAACUAAUCGUGAUAUUAAUACCAAAAUGAGGACUAGAAUAUAUUGUAAAGCUAAAAUGUUAGGCAGUGUUCCUGAUGAAUUAAAAACAUUACUUGGUGCUGAUGUAGUGAGAUUGGGUGUUAGCCGUGUAUUUGAAAUGUUUCAACACCGGAAUCUGAAUAAACGAAUAUUAUAUGUGUGUUUGGAAGGUGUCUUACAAACUAUGUUUGCCUCCAAUAAAUUCACUGAGUUAUUCCAAAAAUUACAUUCACAGUCAGAAAGAAUUGAAAAAGUGAAAAAAGCAAAGGAAGGAUCACAAAAUCCACGACUGCUAAAUGUAGGCGCCAGAAAACGCCAAACUACCAAACUCUGA